GUGGGUGGGAGGGUUGAGUUUUGCCUUUUUUAAUGAUUACAGAAUGAGAUGGGAGCAUCUUUUCCUAUAGCCUCUGCUUUGGUGUCUGUUGUUAGAGCUGGAUGAGAUCACAGAAACUGGACACCAAAGCAGAUGACUUUGAUUUGGGCAUCUCAUUCUACUCUUCUUUAUUUUAAGGGUGGGCUUGCUUGCACAGGACUGGCUGUAUCUUGCCAAUGGGAGAGAGGCACUGUUGUGUCCAGGAUCCUUUGUGGGUGUGAGUUGUUUCCACCAGUAGUCUGACCUAUGCUGUUGGUGCAAAGCAUACCUCUGGAGGCUACUUCUGGGGCACAAUCAUUUUUUGUCCCCUGGCAGGAGAUGGAAAGUUCAAUCCAAGUGGUGGUGAUCCACAUGACCUUUGCAAGGGAAUCUCAUGGUAUUCUGUAGGGAGGGAAGGUUGGAGCAGCCAGAGGGGAAAUCUCUCUGCUGCAACUCUACUCCUUAGGCAACAUUCUGGAGUCCUGUGCAAGGGGGAGGGGGAGAGGGAGGGGGAAGGGAGGAUAACACAAAGAUACAGCCUUGCUGUACUUUAACCAAGAUGUGGGGGUGGCAAUGUCUGGAAGAAAAGAAGUCAAUUUUCCCUUUCUUGAAACUGGAAAAUUUGGGGAACAUAUUUUUCCAUUCAGUUCAAGCAAUGUUGUAUUUCAUUGAUCCUUGGUUCAGUUCAGGCCAUGUCCAGUACAAACAGUGAGGGCUAGAAUUUGUCAACAAGGGGUGGGUUGGGAGGGAUGGAUUAUUUUUUGUUUGGAACUGGCAAAUGUCCAGCAGAGCUCAGAUUUUGGCACAGCAUAUGUACACAAGUAUAUAAAGGAAGGCUGUGAACGUAUUGUCAAAAGUGCUGAAUUAUAAAAUCCUGACUUAUUUUUAAGAGAAUUGGCUCAAUAAAAGCUCACUGGGACCUGAACUUGCUUCAGACUCUUUCCUUGUACGUCAUGUUGCUCUGUUUGCCUGGCAUCACAGGCACCGAGAGCAUGUUGAGAAGAACAAGCAGAGCAUAGCAAGAUCGACUUGCGCCACCGAGCUCUGGAGCUGUUCUUGGGGGGCAAAAAGAGAAGGGGCAUUGCUCUGCAAAGGGCUGGGAGCAUUUCAAUUCCUUCUUUCCAGGCGGCUGAGGAUCAGGUCAAGCAGCAGCGGGGCAGCCCUUGGCUGGGCCUGGGAAUUUCCCAGGCCCCGCCCCCUCUGCAUGCCAGCCCUGCCCAAAACUCAGAUGAAAAACUGGGUGUGAAGCUGCAGGUUGGCUUUGUGGGCAUUUGCCUGGAAUGGUGGUGCUCCUUGGCACCUGAGCUCUCAGCUGAAAUGCCAGCUCCGGUGUGGUGGGUGUUCCUGUUGAUGUGUGCAGCUCUGGAGGGGUGGCAAGCAAUGGCAGGCAGCCUUCCACCUCCAUGUGACAGCCACAUCUACUGCACUGGGGAGCUGCUGCGGCAAGUCCAGCGGGCCAGGCUCUUUCGAGAUGACAAAGACUUUGUUGACAUGCCCCUGAGGUCCAAUCCAGAUGUGGUUCUGAAGCAAUUUGAGGAAUUAAUGAACGCCACACCUGGUGGAGCCUUAUCCAAGCUGCAGCUGGCACAAUUUGUGGAGGCUCACUUCUUUCCUCCAGGGCAGGAGCUGGAAAGCUGGACGCCUCCAGACUGGACAGACAGCAUCCCCCUCCUCAAGAGGAUUUCAGACGAGAAGUUGCGGUUCUGGGCCCGGGUCCUGAACGCCAAGUGGAAGGAGCUGGGCAGGCGGGUGAACCCCGAUGUUCAAACCUCUCCUUGGCGUUACUCUCUGAUCUACGUGCCAAACCCAGUGAUCGUGCCUGGGGGCCGGUUCCGUGAAUAUUACUACUGGGAUUCCUUCUGGAUCCUGGGAGGCCUCCUCGUCUCCAACAUGACGGCUACAGCCAAGGGCCUGAUCCAGAACUUCCUCUACCUAGUCAGCAAGUUUGGGCACGUCCCAAAUGGAGGCCGGGUGUACUAUGAGCGUCGGAGUCAGCCACCACUUCUCACCUUAAUGAUGGAGAGCUACCUGAGCCACACAAAUGACACUGAGUUUCUACGGAAAAACAUCCACCUGCUUGAGGCCGAGUAUCACUUCUGGCAAGACCACCGGACUGUCAAUAUCUCUGUGGGGGGCAAGCAAUACUCCCUGAAUCACUACAACGUCCAGGUGGGGGAACCCAGACCAGAGUCCUAUAUGAAAGAUGUGGAGCUGGCCAUGGGCUUAGAGGAAGAAGCCCAGCAGAGCCUUUGGGCAGAGCUGCAGAGUGCAGCCGAGUCGGGCUGGGAUUUCUCCUCUCGCUGGUUCCUGCCAGGCUUCCCAUCACUGCAGGACCCGCUACAAGACACCCAAGUGAGAGGGAUUGUGCCAGUGGAUUUAAACGCCAUUCUUUGCAAAGUUGAGCAGCUGUUGGCCACUUUCUAUCAAGUCCUUGGGCAUGGCGAGAAAGCAAGCAGGUUCUGGGCUGCGCGGAGACAGCGGGGAGCUGCCCUCACUGCUGUCCUGUGGAACGAGGAGGCCGGUGUUUGGCUGGACUAUCGCUUCCUCCAUCAGAGGCACAACCCGGCCUUCUACCUCUCCAACAUAAGCCCCCUCUGGGCCGAGUGUGACGUGGAUCUGCCCAGGGCAGAGAAGGUGCUUUCCUACCUGGAGGAGAGUUCGGCCCUGUCCUAUGCUAACGGACUGCCCACCUCCCUGACACGGACGGGGCAGCAGUGGGACUUUCCAAAUGCUUGGGCCCCACUCCAGCACAUGGUGAUCAUAGGCCUGGCCAAAUCCUCUUCUCCCCGGGCACGAGAGCUGGCCUUCAGCCUGGCUCAGCGCUGGCUGCAGAUGAACCUGGCUGUCUACAAGAAGCAUGGAGGCAUGUUUGAGAAGUAUGACGUCGAAGGUGAUGGGAAGCCCGGAGGUGGUGGGGAGUAUCCAGUGCAGGAAGGCUUUGGCUGGACGAACGGGGUGGCCCUCCAACUGCUAGAUCUGUAUGGAGAGCAGCUCACGGCUGCCAGCGCUCUCUGCUCUCCCACCUGGCUCUGCAUUGGGGCCUGCCUUAUCCUGAUCCUGGUCUCACAGCUUCCUGGGUUGCUUGGGGACGGACCUUUCCCCUGGGAAGGGUAGCCGUUGCUUCGGCUUGGCUCUCGAGACCCUCGGAUGGGUGUGGCUCAGAACGACUGCGGUGUGCAUGCCCUGCACACAUCAGGGCCCCAUUGCAUGCCAUAAAGCCUCUAGGAGAACCCCUCCCUCCUCAGCUGUCCUGGGCAGUCUGGCUGGGCAAUAAAGUUCUGAGAGUGCGUUGCCA